AACAAUGUGACUUUUGUGAGCGCUCCCCAAGCACAACGCGGCGGGUUUUUCCUCGACACGCCCCCGGCCGUCGCCUGGGAAUGUAUGUGUGUGUGUGUGUGUGUGUGUGUAAGUGUGCGUGAGACCAGGAGCUCCCUUGUUGCACCGUCGCUCUCAGUCAGUGCGCUCUGCAGCGCAAGAUGGCGACUGUCCGCGAGCCGGGCGGGAUCACGAAAGCGUUCUGUGUGUUUUCGCUCAUUGCCGCCCUACACAUCUGGCCUCAGCUGUGCUUCCCUGUCGAUCCGUCGACCGGCGUCGAGGCCAGCAACAUGACUAACACUACAUGGCAGAACAAGGUGGUACAAAAGGUGAACGUGGACCCUGCAAAACAGCCUGAGAACAUGAACAUUAUGGAAGAUUCCUCCAGGGAGAACGGGACCGAAGUUGUAGUUGAUAAUGAGAGCGAUUCAAAAAAACUCCUCAAUACCUCUGCAUCCUUGACAGCAGAUUAUGAUUCUUUGAAUCCAGAGCAAGUGGGGGACGCAUGGAACAAAGAGGAGGAGGAAGAGGAAAUUAGAAAAGAGGAAGGUUUCGGGAUUGAGGAAGAUGAUGCUGGGAAUGAAGAGGAAGGUUUCGGUAUUGAGGAAGAUGAUGCUGGGAAUGAAGAGGAAGGUUUCGGGGUUGAGGAAGAUGAUGCUGGGAAUGAGGAGGAAGGUUUCGGGAUUGAGGAAGAAGACACUGGGAAUGAGAAGGAAGGUUUCGGGAUUGAGGAAGAAGACACUGGGAAUGAGAAGGAAGGUUUCGGGAUUGAGGAAGAAGACACUGGGAAUGAGAAGAAAGGUUUUGGGGACGAUGAAGAAGACACUUGGUACCAGAAGGUGGAAAACGAUUUUAGGAAUGAGAAAGCGGACAAUGGUAACGAGGAGUAUGAGAGGAACGAGGAGGAGGAUACCUGGAACGAAGAGAACAUCAGGAAAGAUGGUGAGGGCUUUGUGAGUAGGGAAGAAGACAUGGACUAUCUGGAGAAUGAGAGGGAUGAAGAUGUAAAAUUUGGCAAUGCAGCAAACUUCAACGUGGAUACAAACGAUAAAGACGAAAACUCACACUUCUUCUUCCAUCUUGUCGUCAUCGCCUUCCUGGUGGCCAUUGUGUACAUUACCUACCACAACAAAAGAAAGAUUUUCCUCCUUGCCCAGAACCUGCGUUGGAGGGACAGCUUCUGUUCCCGGCCGGUAGAGUAUCAGCGGCUGAGUCAAAACGUCAGCGAAAGUAUGCCGUCGCUCAAGGUGACCAAAGAUUAUAUCUUCUAAUCCAUGACUGGCAGGAAGAAACUGACCAAAACCUUUCUUUCUUGUCAAACAUCAAAAAAAUGCUAAUAUAUGUGCUUGGUCUGAUCUAAGACUUGAUAUUGUUGCAUCACCCUAGAAAAAUUUGGGAUUGGUUUCAAUCUGCGGACUCCUUCCCUUCAGUUUUCUGGAUAAAACUCUUUCGCUCUUUUUCAUACUGCAUGUUUGAAGAUUAUUUGGUUUAUGGGGAGAAUCAGCCUUAAUAGGGUGACCUAAAUAUUUGUUCAGCUCUACAAUCAUUGUUAAUUCUGGGUUUUACUGAGAGUAUAAAGGAAGAACAUACGUUUCAAUGUAUCAGUCUAGGUUAUAAUAAUUAAGUUAAGUGCAUUUUUUAUUUUAUUGUUUUGAUUUUACCAGACGGUGCCUUUCAUAGUUCUCUUAUAUGGAACAUGACCUGCUAUUCCACUAAGCCUUUGAAAUACACCACUGUGUUGGAACCUGUUGCACACACACGUUGCUUUAUGCGUGUGUGUUUGUGGCAAAAUACCAAUAAUGUAAUCAGAAGAUUGCUUCAGUUAUCCUCUGAAUAGUUAUUCUUGUUGCAAUGAAGAAGUUAAGGGCCCAUGUUGUGCUUGGAUUUAUCAGUUUUUUUUUUUUUUUUUUUCCUCACAUGGAAUUUGGAACCCGUAUUCUUAAUGGUAAUGAAAAUUUUAGAAUUAUUGUGUCAUUCCCAUGUUUACAAUGCAGCAAUAAAGGCUGGCCCUUAUUUGUGCCUUAA